AUGUCGUCGGAAGAAGGAGAAAUUCCGGCCAAGGAAGAGCCAUCGAGAAAUGGCGGCGAUGAUGAAGUAUUGGCGGCUGCUGUGAUCGACGAGAAUGAUGAAGAGAGCAGUCAAGGGAGUGAAGUGGUUGUUGCCAAGGUGAUUGAUGAUGAACCUGGCACUGCUGCUGCUGUGGUUAGUGAGGAAGCUACCCCCAAGGUUACUGCGACGGAUGAAGCUAAAGUUGCUUCUGCCUCGGUCAAGCCAGUCAAAAAAGAAGAGGAGGAAGAAGAAGAGGAUGGGGAGGUAGUGGAAGACCCGGUUGACAAGAACAAGGCGGCUGUUGUUGAUGGUGGGAAGGGAGACACAUCGACACCAGCGUCAGCAGAGCCAAACAAGAAGAAAGACAGCAUAGAUUCGGAGGUAUCAGCGAAUAAGCCAGCGUCAAAAGCUGUCAAGACUACAGAAAAAGAAGCCUCAUUGGUCAAGAAAGAGGUGGAAACCAACCAACAACCAAAGUCAACCUCAAACGAUGUCGAGAAACCCAAAGAGUCAACCGCACCCAAAGAACCAACCACAGCAAAGCAGAACGCAGGCACUGACGAACCACCUCCCAAGGAAGUCAAACCUAAAGAUGUCAAACCUUCUAAUGAAGUUGUCAAACCUAAGGAAGUAGCGCCUCCAAAGAAAAAGAAAGAUGAGGAUGACGAGGAGGAGGAGGGAGAGAUUGAGGAAGGAGAGCUCGAUGACCCAACCCCUAAACCUCCGCCUCCCAAACCGUCGUCCGAUGAUGCCACCAAAAAGCCAUUGGGCAGCAAAAAGCCCCGUCCGAAGGAUAAUGCAGCCAACAAGGACGCCAGAACUCCGGCCAAGAAAGAACCCAAAGAGGACAGUGUCAAGGCUAAAGUGGACAGUGUCAAGAAAGAACCCAAAGUGGACAGUGUUAAGGCCAAAAUGGACGCUGUUAAGGACGUGGAAAUGAGACCUGUACAUGAAGGAAAGGCCAACAAUCAAAAGAAGGAAGCCUCAGUCGGCAACCAAAAGAAGGAAGCCACAGUUAGCAAAAAGAAAAAAAAGAAGAGCGGGAAACCUGCCGACAACUCGGACAGUGCUGCUGCUACGCCCAAAGACAAGCCAACACCCAUGGAAGUAGACGAGUUGAAAUCCAAAGUUAGCGAAAGCAGCAGUGAGGCCAAGAAGGGUGACGAUGAUGACGAAGAUGGAGAGAUUAAGGAGGAAGGGGAACUGAAGGAAGACACUGAAAGCGAUACCAAAGAAGACACAGAAGAGGAGGGGGAAAUCAAAGAGGAUGCGGAUAUGGAAGAUGCACUGUCACAGUCUGAAGAAGGGGGCGAUCGCGAUGCAGACAUGCAGUCUGUGGAUGGUGAUGAUGCAUCUUUUGCUGAUGAGCCUGCGGCUAAGAAACCAGAGCCAUCCUACAGCACCAGGGGGCGAUCAUCGGGUACUACCACUCCAGUACCUCGAGAGUCGACAGCAAAAUCGUCGUCCCUCACAGCAGCAACCGCGGCGUCGGCUGGCAGCAAUGAACAGUGGCAGCGCAGUGUGCGCGAAGCGCUAGAAGAUCUUGGGCGUGGUAGCUCCAAAGAGGGCACACCGGCAGGUGUUGGACCGGGUGGAGCUUCAUUUCUAGAGGCACUCGGCGAAGAAGAAAGGAGAACGAGGACGCGGUUCUUGCCCGCAGUUGACGGAAUCCAUAUGCUCAGAAAGAAUGAAGUCAAAGGUGAUCUUGCCUUGGCAAGGUCCAUCAUGUCCAAUGCUGGAACCGUAGCAAAUGUAGCCUCAGUGGCAGCCGGGGCGCCAGCAAGCUUGUCUGUAUCAAAGAAAUCAAAGAAGAAGAAACAUGACUCAUCUUCAGAAGCUGAUUCUAUGGAUACAGAUGACGUCGGCACAAUGUCUUCAUCUGAGGAAGAUCCUUCCAUGGAAGGACGCGUUGGGAGCACCUCAACAAUAGACGUGGACGAUGGUGAUGUUCUAACAGUACCAUCAAGUGCGUUUGUGCCGCCUCCUGCUGCAACGCAUAGUUCAAACGUCCCAGCAUCAAACGGCGAGAAACAUGAAGAAGGAGCGCCUCCUCCCGUGCCGACUGGAGUCAAGGGUAUCUUGAACAACCAACGCAACAUCAAAUCUCCCAGAGUGGUUGAAUGUGUGACAGCCUUCAAUCCGCCGAGACCGCCAGAGUCUGUUGGCAAGAAGAAGCAGCACCGCAUGCUGAGGUGGGAGCGCCGACCUGCAGAUGUGGAAUUGGACUUGAACAGCUAUCGAAAGACAGUAGACCGUACCCGCAAAGAGCUUCACACAGAAGAGGCCGAGCUGGAGCGCAUUGAGGCCACAAGCAAUCAUCUUAGGCGACACUUUCUUGCACACCUCCGUUGCAUGGAUGAUGAAAUGGAUCAGAUUAUGGCUGAACUCAACUCACUUCAGCAGAACUGUGUCACUGCGGCGGACUUGUUGACCUCGCGAACCAGAAGUCGAGGGGCCGGUAAAGGCAGCUAUGUCAUGAAAGAUGUUCUCACAGUCCUGAAAGCAAGAGGAGCGGAACUGGACGAAAAAGGGCUCUCCCCAAGGAGUGAUGUUCUCUCUUCGAACGACAAUUCACAGCACUACCCUGGUCUAGGAGGUGUCGGAGCAUCCAGUUUUUCUGAUUGGAAUGAAAAAUCAACGUUUCCUCACUAUCAGAUCUCAUCUGCCUGGGUAUUGCCGGAUGACAAAGUAAAAACUCCUUACGGCGAAGGAGUUGUCACCAGCAUCUCUGAUAGCACCAUCAGCGUCAAGAUGCCCUUUGGCGUCGGUCACUUCAACCCUGCUACGGUGACCUCCAAAGAGUCUCCCAAUGUUCUAACGGAUGCUCGGCUAGCAAAGCGCUGGAAGGCGAUUGUCGACAGUGCAGUCACCCACACUGGUCGUUUGGACUUGAAUGGUAUGGCAUCUGUUGAGUCCAUGAUGAAACCAAAGCACACUGAGCAACAUGACAAGUCCAAGGAAGGAACGACGAAUGGAGGGGCUGGCGGCGCGGGUGAUGCCAUGGACACGAGUGACCCUGAACCUCAGGCGAAAGUGGUUAGUCCAGAUGAAACGAAGUUGCUGCCAUUUGGAAGCACCUUACUGCCAACAGGCACUGGCAGAGGCGACGGCCUCUUUGAUCUGAGCGCCAUAGAACUUGAGAAGGAAUUCAAGUCGCUUUUGACCGAAGGGACGGGAAUCUUGGGAGCCACGGCGAACGAUGGAGUACCGACGGAUGUAAAGGACUUUGAAGGCAAUACUCAAGAAGCAUACGUUUUGCAAGCCAAAGUAUUACAACUUCGAAACGAGCUCUACCGUCAACGUAGGAUUCGUACCUUCAACGAAAAAACCUUUACGGCCACACGGGAUAGGUCAAUACGAGCUGAAGGCCUGGUGUCUGAAAUGCGUACGGAUCUGAAAAGUCUCAAGUAUCGAUUGGACGAAGAACUAAAGGAACUAGGCAUUGAUCAAGACAGAGCUGAGGCCAUCUUGAAGUCCUACUACACAUCACAUGACUACGGCGAGCAUGACUUUGAGGAUGCGGAGAAUCACAAUGAAUCGCCGUCUAGCAAGCGGACGAUAGACGACGACGAAAAUAGCAAGGGCGAUACCCUUUCUCCUGUGGCCGAACAGAAGACUACCGGCAAUGGCUCGUCUGACUCAGGCGGCGAAAGGCAGGCCAAGAGACCAAGAGUUGCAAGUGUAUAG